ACUUCGCGAUCCCCAGUCACACACGGAGAGGUGCAUGAACGAAAAGGAGCUGGCAGUACAAUUUGUUGGGUCCCCCCCCACCCCCUUCCAUUCCUUUCCUUCUUUUUGGCGAUUUCAUGCUCCUUCUUUCCUCUCCCCGAUGUUUUAAGCGCGACCAGUUUGGCUCUUGAUCUCUGUUCACGGGGCAGUAGCAGAGCAUCUGAGGAAGAAGCGAAGCUUGAGGAAGGGCUGGAACUGGAUCCUGCCAGAAGCCAGAAUGUCAUCAAGGGUGAUGCAAAGAAGAUGGAAGAAAAGGACAGAGAAAGAGAGGCUGCCUUUUUUUUAAAAAAAUGAUUUUUUUAAUGCCUGUGUCUCUCUGCGCAUUGCAAUUGCAUCCCCUUCUCUACUUCGCCUCCUCCCUGAAGAAAAAAAAUCGAAGAUCGAAUUGAUUCUCCUGUUGGCAUCGUGGUUUUGUUUUGUUUUCUUUCUUUUUUUUAAGAAUCGUUCUAGUUGCUUAGAGAAAAGAGGGAAAGAUAAGACUCCAGGGCUGGUCAUAUCCAAAGGGUUUUGCACCUAGCGCUCUUUUGUUGUGGUGCUUUUAGAGUACCGGAAGAAUUGUUUCGAUUUUCCUUUCUGGCUUGCGCCGUUUCUUUCCCCCUCUUCCCAAUAAUUUUCCUUUCUUCCUCCUUUUUUUUUUUUUUUUGGAGAAAGAGCAGCGCGCGUUGGGAACUGCGGGGGGAAAAUGUUGACUUAACCCCUCCAAAAGCCCCUCGGCUGGCUAGGCUUGCUUGGAGAAAGGGAGGAGGACGAGGAAGAAGAAGAGAAGCCGCCUUUUGUACGUUUUGUCCCGGCUCGGCGAGCUGCGAAGCCAGCUGUUUCCCCGGCUUUCUUCACUUCUGCCCAGCCCAGCUCUUUUGCCUGCCCGGCGAUCCUCCUGCCCGAUCUGGCUUUCUUCUUCUGCCGCUGCCCAGGCCCAAGCCCUCGUGAUCAGAAAGGGACUCAUCCUGCACCUCCUUGCUGGGGCACCCAGAUGCAAGAGAAACCCUGGCCCGCAAUUGGCUGCAAAUCCAAAGUUAUGAAGAUGAAUGAUGUAGACCACCCUCUUGAAUGACGCUGGGCAUUUUAUAACUGGGAUCGUUAAGGAAUAAAAAGAAAACACUUUUAAAGGGGGGUCAAUAAUGGUGGCUUCUGAUUGCAGAAUGAAAAGGUUUUGGCUGCUUCUGAUAGUCAGCUUCCUGCAGUGUUCAGAAGGUUUUAGUCGAGCAGCACUACCAUUUGGUUUGGUAAGGAGAGAACUGUCCUGUGAGGGCUACUCCAUUGAUCUUCGGUGUCCAGGAAGUGAUGUCAUUAUGAUAGAAAGUGCUAAUUAUGGACGGACAGAUGACAAGAUCUGUGAUGCUGACCCUUUCCAGAUGGAGAACACUGAAUGUUUCCUCCCUGAUGCCUACAAAAUUAUGACACAAAGGUGCAACAACAGAACUCAAUGUAUAGUAGUUACUGGGUCAGAUGUGUUUCCUGAUCCUUGUCCUGGAACAUAUAAAUACCUCGAAGUCCAAUAUGAAUGUGUCCCUUACAUUUUUGUUUGCCCUGGGACGUUGAAAGCUGUGGUGGAUUCCCCAAAUUUAUAUGAAGCUGAACAAAAGGCAGGCGCUUGGUGCAAAGAUCCUCUUCAGGCUGCAGAUAAAAUAUACUUCAUGCCAUGGACUCCAUACCGCACUGAUACUUUGAUAGAAUAUGCAUCUUUAGAGGACUUCCAAAAUGGACGCCAACAAACAACAUAUAAGCUUCCAAAUCGAGUGGAUGGUACUGGAUUUGUGGUGUAUGAUGGUGCGGUCUUUUUUAAUAAGGAAAGAACCAGAAACAUUGUGAAAUUUGACUUAAGGACUAGAAUUAAGAGUGGAGAGGCUAUUAUAAAUUCUGCCAACUACCAUGACACAUCCCCUUACAGAUGGGGGGGAAAGACUGAUAUUGAUCUGGCAGUGGAUGAAAAUGGCUUGUGGGUAAUUUAUGCUACAGAACAAAACAAUGGAAUGAUAGUUAUUAGCCAACUCAAUCCAUAUACUCUGCGUUUUGAAGCAACAUGGGAAACAACGUAUGACAAACGGGCAGCCUCUAAUGCUUUCAUGAUAUGCGGGGUGCUUUAUGUUGUGCGAUCAGUUUACCAAGACAAUGAAAGCGAAACUGGUAAAAACUCAAUUGAUUAUAUUUACAACACCAGGUUAAACAGAGGAGAAUAUGUAGACAUUCCUUUUCCCAACAUGUAUCAUUAUAUUGCUGCUGUGGAUUACAAUCCAAGAGACAAUCAACUGUAUGUGUGGAACAACAAUUUCAUCCUACGAUAUUCUCUCGAGUUUGGUCCACCUGAUCCUGCCCAAGUGCCUACCACAGCAGAGACAAUAACUCCAUCCACAGAACUAUACAAAACAACUGUAUCAACCACAAGCACUACCCCACACAAAGUUCCUGUUAGCACGACUAUGGCUGGGGGAACAAAAGAAGAUAGUAGAGGUCCCAAGCCACCACCAGCAGUUUCUACAACCAAAAUUCCUCCUGUUACAAGCUUUUUCCCUUUGCCUGAGAGAUUCUGCGAACCAGAUGUGGCCCGGGGGAUUAGUUGGCCUCAGACUCAAAGAGGAAUAAUGGUGGAACGUCCCUGCCCCAAAGGAACUCGUGGGACAGCUUCAUACCUCUGCAUGGUUUCCACAGGAACAUGGAACCCUAAGGGUCCUGAUCUUAGCAACUGUACUUCACACUGGGUAAACCAGCUGGCUCAGAAGAUCAGAAGUGGAGAAAAUGCUGCUAACCUUGCCAAUGAAUUGGCUAAACACACCAAAGGACCGAUCUUUGCUGGUGAUGUGAGUUCAUCAGUCAGACUGAUGGAACAGUUGGUAGACAUCCUCGAUGCUCAGCUGCAAGAUUUGAAGCCCAAUGAGAAGGACUCUGCGGGGCGGAGUUAUAACAAGCUCCAAAAGCGAGAGAAGACAUGCAGGGCUUACCUUAAGGCAAUCGUUGACACCGUGGACAACCUCCUUAGGGCUGAAGCUCUAGAAUCUUGGAAAGAUAUGAAUUCUUCUGAACAAGCUCAUGCUGCAACAAUGUUACUUGAUACAUUAGAAGAAGGAGCUUUUGUCUUAGCUGAUAAUCUUUUAGAACCAACAAGAGUUGCAAUGCCUACAGAUCACAUUGUCCUGGAAGUUGCAGUGCUCAGCACAGAAGGGCAAGUGCAGGACUUGAAAUUUCCUCAGGGCAAUGCAGGCAGCAACUCUAUCCAGCUCUCUUCAAGUACCGUGAAACAGAACAGCAGAAAUGGGUUAGCAAAGCUGGUUUUCAUCAUUUACAAAAGCUUGGGCCGGUUUCUUAGUACUGAAAAUGCAACCAUCAAACUAGGAACUGAGUUUGCUGGCAGGAAUAGUACCAUCGCUGUGAAUUCUGAUGUCAUUGCUGCCUCCAUCAACAAGGAGUCCAGUCGUGUUUAUUUGACCGAUCCUGUUCUUUUUACCCUGGCACACAUUGAUCCCAACAAUUAUUUCAAUGCUAAUUGCUCCUUCUGGAACUAUUCAGAGCGGACUAUGAUGGGAUAUUGGUCAACUCAAGGCUGCAAGCUGAUUGACACAAAUAAAACACAUACCACGUGUGCAUGUAGCCACCUAACUAAUUUUGCAAUUCUCAUGGCCCAUAGGGGAAUUGUGUACAAAAAUGGAAUGCAUGGCUUACUCCUUACCGUCAUCACCUGGGUAGGAAUUGUCAUCUCCCUCGUCUGCCUGGCAAUUUGCAUCUUUACUUUCUGUUUCUUCCGUGGCCUUCAAAGUGAUCGGAACACAAUUCACAAGAACCUUUGCAUUAACCUCCUCAUUGCAGAAUUUAUUUUCCUAAUAGGCAUUGAUAAGACUGAAUAUAAGAUUGCAUGCCCCAUAUUUGCAGGCCUCUUACACUUUUUCUUCCUGGCAGCCUUUGCCUGGAUGUGCCUAGAAGGCGUACAACUCUAUCUUAUGUUAGUAGAAGUAUUUGAAAGUGAAUAUUCUAGGAAGAAGUACUAUUACGUUGCUGGCUAUCUCUUUCCUGCAACUGUUGUUGGUGUUUCAGCAGCUAUUGACUAUACAAGCUAUGGAGCAAAAAAUGCUUGCUGGCUCAAGGUUGACAACUAUUUUAUCUGGAGUUUUAUUGGGCCUGUUACCUUCAUUAUUCUGCUGAAUCUUAUCUUCCUGGUGAUCACACUGUGCAAAAUGGUGAAGCACUCAAACACUUUGAAACCAGACUCUAGCAGGUUGGAAAACAUUAAGUCCUGGGCUCUAGGUGCUUUUGCUCUUCUGUGUCUUCUUGGCCUAACAUGGUCUUUUGGACUGCUUUACAUCAAUGAGGAGACUAUCGUGAUGGCGUACCUCUUCACAGUAUUUAAUGCUUUCCAAGGAAUGUUUAUUUUCAUCUUUCAUUGUGCACUGCAGAAGAAAGUACGCAAGGAGUAUGGCAAGUGCUUCAGACAUUCAUAUUGCUGCGGAGGAUUGCCCACAGAGAGUCCACACAGUUCGGUAAAAGCAUCAACAACACGAACCAGUGCCCGCUAUUCUUCUGGCACUCAGAGCCGAAUAAGAAGAAUGUGGAAUGAUACUGUGAGAAAACAAUCUGAAUCUUCCUUUAUCUCAGGUGAUAUCAAUAGCACUUCAACCCUUAAUCAAGGAGUGACUGGCAAUUACCUACUAACAAACCCUCUUCUUCGACCGCACGGCACUAACAAUCCUUAUAACACAUUGCUCGCUGAAACCGUUGUAUGUAAUGCCCCUUCAGCUCCUGUGUUUAACUCACCAGGACAUUCACUGAACAAUGCCAGGGAUACAAGUGCCAUGGAUACUCUACCGCUAAAUGGUAAUUUCAACAACAGCUACUCUUUGCGCAACGGAGACUAUAAUGACAGUGUGCAAGUUGUAGACUGUGGACUAAGCCUGAAUGAUACCGCCUUUGAAAAAAUGAUCAUUUCAGAAUUGGUGCACAACAACCUGCGAGGCAGCCACAAGAACCAUAACCUGGAGCGCACAUUACCCAUCAAAGCUGUGAUCGGUGGGAGCAGUAGUGAAGAUGAUGCCAUUGUUGCUGAUGCUUCAUCUUUAAUGCACAGUGAUAAUACGGGCCUGGAGCUGCACCAAAAGGAACUUGAGGCCCCUCUGAUUCCUCAACGGACUCACUCUCUUCUGUACCAACCACAGAAGAAAGUGAAGACUGAAGGAACCGAUAGUUAUGUCUCACAGCUGACAGCUGAAGUCGAAGACCACCUCCAAUCACCCAACAGAGACUCGCUUUACACAAGCAUGCCCAACCUCAGAGACUCUCCAUACCUUGAGAGCAGUCCUGACAUUGAGGAAGAUCUCUCUCCCACCCGGAGAAGCGAAAAUGAGGACAUUUACUACAAAAGUAUGCCAAACCUUGGAGCUGGCCAUCAGCUUCAGAUGUACUAUCAAAUCAGCAGGGGGAAUAGUGAUGGCUAUAUAAUUCCCAUUAACAAGGAAGGAUGUAUUCCAGAAGGGGACGUUAGGGAAGGACAAAUGCAGCUAGUGACAAGUCUUUAAUAGUGUAGCAAAGGAAUACUGAAGGCCACAUGCAAGUAUUAAACAGACUUAAUUGGCUCCAUGCAGACCCCCUCAUAUCUGCUUGAAGUGACAAUUCUCUUGUCCCUGUGGUUUCUCCCAUGUAAAGGAGUUGACUGGACCUUUCAGUUCUGUGAAUUUUUAUAAAACAAAGCUUUGUAUAUACACAGAGUAUACUAAAAGAAUUAUUUGUUACAAAGGAAAAAAAAAAAGAUACCAUCAAGGUAUUUUAAGAUAUCUUGCUGCUGACAUUAAAAAAAAAGAUGGUGAAAUAAACACACACACACACCACACACACACACAAAGUGUUCCAGCCAUUUUACAGCAGCAGUUUGUGAACUAGAUUUGUAAAUAUGGCUGCAUCAUUUUUGUAUGCCUGCAUUGUAUUAUAUACAAGACGUAGGCCCUAAAAUCCUGUGGGACAAAUUUACUGUACCUUACUAUUCCUGACUAGACUUGCAAAAGCAGGAGAGAGAUUCUGCACCAGUCUGCUGUUCAUGGCAAAUCUUUCCCACUAAGGCAAAGGUUGAAAACUUGUCUAACCACUAGCAAUCAAGCCACAGGCCUUAUUUCAUAUAUUUCUUCAACUGUACAACGAACUGUUCUCAUGAAAAAAAUGGCUAAAGAAAUUAUAUUUUGUUCUAUUGCUAGGGUAAAAUGAAUAAAUACCUUUGUGUCCAAACAGAAAUAUAAUUGUCAUUAAAAUAAUUUUAAAGAAUUUGAAGAAAAUAUUGUGAAAUGCUCUUGGUUGCACAUGUGCUACAAGCUGUUCCUUACACUCAGUUCCAUAGUACCGUAAUAUGUUUAAAAUGCAAACUCUACCCAUUUCCCACUUCUUUUUCACUGUAAACAGUGUUCCGCUUUGACAUGACUAUUCUUAUGGCUUAACCUUGAUAUUGCCAAAAGAACAUAUUUUCUGGAAAGAAUUCCCUUAGAUGCCAAUUUAUGCCAGGCCUUGCACAAAUUUGGUUAGGAAAGAACAAUCACCCACAUCUAUUCACUAGUUAUAGAUUCAGUUCCCUUUUUGUUCUUUGAUUUGGAGGAGGAGGAGGAGGGAAGGUGGACUAGUGAAUAAAAGGUUCCUGGCCCUUUUAAGCUAAGAGACAAGAUAAAUAUUACUCUUCCAUAUUCCUUCUGCCUAUAUUUAGUAAUUAAUUUAUUUUAUGACAAAAGAGCUAAUUCAAUGUACAUUGUUUCAGGUUUUUUUUUUUUUCUUUUGCUCUUUUUCUCCAAAUCCCUUUGUGUAAACCUGUUAAUAAUGAGCCCAUCACUAAUAUCCAAUGUAAAGUUUAACACCUGUUUGACAGUAAAUAAAUGUGAAUUUUUUUCCAAA